UGAUUUUCAUGGGUGCUGCCCUGGUAAGCUCAGCUUCCAACAACCCACAUCCCCUCACUCCCCAAUAUACACACAAGGUUUCCUUGGUCCUAGCCGACAGCAGGGAGGGGUCAUAGACAGGAAGAGGGGAGGAGGGGAGGUCAGGGUAUGGCUGGAGCUUCUGCAUCAGGGCUGAAUCCCCACCUCCCAGUUGGAACUGGGGUUGCGGUAAGGAAAGGCGACACAACCCGCCUUGGGGGAGCCGAGAAGGGCGGGGAUGUGGGGGGCAAGUCCUCAGUGCUGAGCCAGUGGCCAGAGCACCGCCCCCAGGAGCGGAGGGAGGGGUGGCGGAGCAGAGGGGUGCCCAGCUGCCAUCCCCGCCGCCUCCAGGCCCCCACUCUCUGGCGCCCAAGUAGGAGGGCGGCAGCUACCCGUUUCCUCCUCCCCACACCCCCGCUACCUGCCCAGUCCCCGAAGCGAAGCGUGAGAAGGCUGCGAGCCAGACGGGCGAGCCCACAACUUUGCAGCCUCGGGGAAAACCAGGGCCGGCGUCUGGGGCUCCUCCUGUCGCGAUCCGAGCUCGGAAUGUAACCGAGGAGGAUGCUGGCCCUGCGGCUGCUCAACGUGGUGGCCCCCGCCUACUUCCUUUGCAUUUCCCUGGUGACCUUCGUCCUGCAGAUCUUCCUCUUCCUGCCCAGCAUGCGUGAGGACCCCACAGCCACCCCGCUCUUCUCACCCGCCUUGCUUCACGGGGCACUCUUCCUGUUCCUCUCAGCCAAUGCCUUGGGCAAUUACGUCCUGGUCAUCCAGAAUUCCCCAGACGACUUGGGCACCUGCCAGGGAACCUCAUCCCAGCGACCUCAGUGCCCACCACCCAGCACCCAUUUCUGCCGAGUGUGCUCCCGAGUCACCCUGAGGCAUGACCAUCACUGUUUCUUCACCGGCAACUGCAUUGGCAGCAGGAACAUGCGCAACUUCAUCCUUUUCUGCCUCUACACGUCGCUGGCCUGUCUUUACUCCAUGGUGGCCGGCGUGGCCUACAUCUCAGCUGUCCUCUCCAUCUCCUUUGCCCACCCCCUGGCCUUCCUCACGCUCCUGCCCACUUCGAUCAGCCAGUUCUUCUCCGGAGCUGUCCUCGGUUCUGACAUGUUCGUCAUCCUCAUGCUCUACCUCUGGUUUGCUGUCGGCCUGGCCUGUGCCGGCUUCUGCUGCCACCAGCUGCUGCUGAUCCUCCGGGGGCAGACCCGCUACCAGGUUCGAAAGGGGGUGGCGGUGAGAGCCAGGCCCUGGCGCAAGAACUUACAGGAGGUCUUCGGAAAGAGGUGGCUGCUGGGCUUGCUGGUCCCCAUGUUCAAUGUCGGGACUGAAAGCUCCAAGCAGCAGGACAAAUAGCUGGCAAGUACCAUUGCCGUUUCUCCGUCUCAGUUCAGUCUGAACGUAAGACCACAGCACCCCUGUCUCCACCUGUGACACACCACACCCUCCCCUAGGAAGGGCCUCAUAUCCAUCCUAGACAUUCAACACUCAGAGGAUUCAUAUAAAGGUGCAUUCUGACAUGGAGGGGAAAUGACCACCUGGGCAUCACUAGGCUGCUCACAACCCAACCAGGGGGGUAGCUGCUAAUCUAUGAGGGUGUUUCUGCUUCAAGUUAUCUUCUGGGAAGCCCUUCCCCCAUCCCCUGCCUGGCCCAUCCGCUGUCACGUCUCAGGUGUCACCACUUCUGUUAAAGGCCUUCUCCACGUCUUGAUAGCGGAGACUCCAUUCUUGAUGCUGGUAGGAGACUCCCCAGGACCUGGAGGCUGGUAAAUGGUACAGUUAGCACGCAUGGAUGGCAGUCCAGUAAGCUUUGCCAGCUGCUAGUGGAAAUGGGAAGAGGUGUGGAUGUACACUCAUCCUCUAGAAGGGAUAGCCCCAGCGUGUGCACUGGCUGCUCAGCCCACGUAUAAGGCCUUUCCCCUAGACAUAACAGUCAAUAGCCUGGCAUUUUUUAAUGCUGCUCCCUGCCCCGCCUCCUCCAGCUGGCCACUCCUGUCCAGCCCAGGAUUUAACUGGAUACUUCUUUUCUCUGGAAUUCCUCUGGCAUUUGAGCUCCAGCCUCUAGAUUUUUGCUAGAUAUUGGGAAGGGAAGAAGGGAGAGAGAAAGGGGAGUUACCCAUAAGUAAUAAGGAAAACAUAUUUCUACAUAGCCUUAUAUAACCGUGUGUGUGUGUGUGUGUGUGUGUGUGUGUGUGUGUUUAAGAGGGGGUGGGGGUGAGGAGUGUUGUUAUGAACACAGAGGAAGAGUAAGUAUUGGAGGGGAAGGAUGGAGGGAUAAAUGGGUUGACUCUCUUGCAACCAAAGCCAUCUAGUGUUUUGAAUACUACCUGUAGUAUUCAAACUGACCUUUGGAGGUAUUUUAACGGGAUCUAGGCAGUUGUCUGCCAGGAGUGCUAUGAAAGAGAUUUUUGUUCUUGUUCUAUGUGAGUUUAGAGGUUCCUUGACAUUCCUGACUCUAUUGUCCUCUGCUGCUGGGCCCAAGGGCAAGCGCUUUAGAGACACCUGGGAGUCACAGGCUUUCAUGAGACGGAUUGGGGGUGGGGGGUGAGCAUGGGAAGAGUCUGAAAACCAGAGCACAGACUUUCUGCUCCCAGCCCAGCCAUCCUGGAGACUUCCCCAUGUUAGCAGUCACUGAGAAGGGCUACACUAGAGACGCUAGAGGACAGGGAGGUGUAACUGCGUUAGGGUCAGGUGGGGGCAGUCGUAGGGAGAAAAAAAGCCUGAAACCAGCCCUGAGGGGUUAGUGGGAAUGGCGGAGUAUGGGGGUGCAAUUGCCAGUCCAUUCUUGUCAGUCUGACUAGCUCUAGAUGGGGGUGCUGACUUGAAUUCUGAAACCUAGAGGACCAGACAGACCCCUGGGCAUAUGAAGGAGUGGGAGCCACAGAAAAACGCUCUCCAGAGUUGGUCUCAAGGCCAAUCCAACAUUCAUACAGGCGUUGAGGCUGAAGCCCACAGCCGUCAGUGUCCAGUGGAUGGCCCCAGCGACCCCCGCCAUCGCUCUAUAAGACUGAAUUCUUGAACAGAGCUUAAGAGGAGUUUAGGCAGGCCCUACUUUGGCGCCCUCCAGAGGGCUAAUGGAGUAACGUCUCUCCUGCUCACUCCCUUCCUCCAGUGUUCAUCCUUUUGAGUCUCCCAUGGGUUCAUCUUGCCUGCGGUUAUCAAGCACCAGCUGCGGGCUGAGUCUCGGUCACUCACAAUCUAGAUUCCCCCCAUCAAGGGCAGUUCAUUCCUACAAUUCCACUCUGCUGCCUUGGCAGCUGUUGAAGUCGGCCCCUUGGAGGGAAAAUAAGCGGCAGAAUUGAAGGGGAGUCCAGACUUCCUCCACUAGAGCUGAUUUCACACACAAUCCUGGCCACCCGUUAGCGGCAUGGGGAAACAAGGGGUGGGAGAGGCCUGGCCAGCUCAGGCCUUGGAGCUCUCUUGACCCUAGAGGUCAAACUUGAAAGCCAGGCCUGCAUUGUCCAGGCUCAGCAUUGUGAAGUCUGACAUCCCAGAAUGGACAAAGGAGAACUUCAGGAGGCCAGCUCCUAAAUGCUGAGCAGUGAGGGGUGGCCAGGGGGAAUGUGCCAGGUAUGGUACAUGGGUAGACUUGUGUACAUGGCCCUCUGUUUUUAAUGAAGAGUAUCAAUAAAAUUUGUGGUUUUCAACUGUA